AUGGGGAGCACAUCUACUGACGAAUUGACGCCACUCAAGAGGUCAAGUGAAUGGGAAUUUCCGGGCGCUGGAGGAGAUGUGGGAGCUGUCCGAAAAAUCAACCUUUCACACCUCAAAUGGGAGCAGCUCAAGGGUCUGUGUCAGGACUUCAAGUUGGCCUCCAGCGGGACAAAAGCCAUGCUGGUUGCUCGAUUGCAGGAUUACAGCAGCAACCGAGCGAUCUGGAACCUCUCAAAACCUGGCGUCCACCGUCCUCAUAAGGGCUUGCAUGCUGAAACGAAGAACAAGGCUCUCAAGGGCUCACAUAAACGGCGUGCUAAAAUCAUCAAGGAGGCAGAUCCGGGGGACAUACAACGUUCAAAGGACACACGCUCCCAGACGCAAAAAGCUGACAUGGUGCUUUGGGCAAAGAGUUACAUACAUGACCAUCCCCCUCGGCCCAGAUCUCCCAAGAGAGAGGCGGAUGCCAAUGACAUGCUUGUUGACAAUGAAAGGAUCUCUGCCCAGCUCACCGGCAUCCGUGAGCAGCUCAUAGCCAUUGCCCACAGCCAUAUGCCAACAUCAACCACGAUGUCUACUUACCUCUCCCCCACUGCUUGUGCACUUCUCGCUCCUCAUGCUUCCCCAUUCUCCGCUGUGCCACUGUCUCUGAUCUCGCCAGCAACCCCCACUCCUGUUAACGCACCACCUCUUCCAAACGCUACAUCGUCCCACACACCUAUCCCACCUCCCGUAACGCAAUGUCGACUGUCUGUACAGCUCCCGUCUGCCCAGCCGUUAUCACCUUCGCCUGCUGUGUUCCCCUUGGCAGCUGAAUCUCUGCAACCACCUAUGGCUGGUGCAUCAAAUUCAAGGGCAGAGAUGCUGACACAUCUCAGACUCCGAGAUGGUACCACUCUCCGUUUCUGCCAAUCUGAUGUUCCAGAUCCCAAGAACCUGACGUUUGCCACAAACAUCGACCUUCUUGGAAUACUUUGGACUGAGUCCAAUCCCAACUUUAGAGAGGACCGUUGCGAAGUAAGAAUUGAUGGCCAUGGGAUUGCACUUGAGCAUUGGCCAACUGUGUUCAAGAAAACGACUCGGGGAGGAGAUGACAGGCGUUGGGAGGGCUUGAAGAAGACAUGGGACAAAUGGCGUUGGGUAGGACUGCGGUAUAACCAGUCAACACCAGCAAACUUUUGGGCCGAGUUUACAGAUGACCAGGGCAAGCAAAUGAACAUUACAACUAUUUACCGUAUCUUACUUGAGCAGCGUAAAGCUGCAAAGGCGAAGUAG